AUCUUCCGUCCCAGCUAAUACUACAACCACGUCUGAUGUAGAUGAUGUCACUUCUCGCCUCUCAAGAUUAUUCGUAGAUACUACCACCACUCCCGACAAUGUCGGUGAUAUCACUUCUCGCUUCUCAAGAUUAUUCGUAGAUGAAAACUCUCCAGAAAUGGAUCAAGAAAGACGCGAAAAUCUGGGACCUUCAGAUCUUUCAAUAUUCUAA